AUGAUAACAUUAUUGCAACGACAGUUGCAUUUAGCGCUUGGCAUUUUAUGCUUUGUGACGUCAGCAAUCACGUGUCCACAUGAUGACGUUACUCUAUCGCGAUGGAGUGAUGUAUCUACCUGGCCUAACAAUAAGCUUCCAGAAGCUGGGGCUAACGUCAGUAUAACUGGCGAUGUACUCUUGGACAUGUCACCUCCCGCAUUUUUUGGAGUAACGGUUGAAACAAACGCCAAACUCGUGUGGAGUCCGGGGGGAGAUUUCCAGUUGAUUACAAACUUCAUCCACUUAAAAGGAGCACUCCACAUUGGUUCUGAGACCUGUCCAUUCCAGGCAAAUGCUCGGAUUUCUUUGACAGGUGAUCGUCAAGAGUAUACGGUACCGAAGUUUGGUCAAAAAUUCGUGGGAGUGGACAACGGGGGAACGCUGGAAAUCCACGGGAAGAAGAAGCUGUCGUGGACCAAGUUAACUCGUACGGUUCCUCGACUACAGAAGACCAAUGGACUGGUCUUUUCCUCGACCUCUGACCAACCAAUAGGACACCAUCAAGAAGGAAUGGCCAUUUACACGUUUAAUUCUAAUGGCGGACUCAACAGUUUUAAGAUGUUUUCCACUAGUGGAGUAUCAAAAGCAGCUGCGGAUUUGGCUGUUGGCGAUAUCGUCUCCCACCUGUCUGGUAUCCCCGAUGGCAAAGUUGUCCUGAUUGGGGUCCAGUACACUAUGUUAUCGGACCAAAAUCAGGUAGACUUCUCUGCUGUCUUCGACGCUAUUGAGACAGUUGCUGGUAUUUCGCAAGGUCAAGGUCAAAUAAGACGUAUUGGAAGAUUCGACGCUUACGCUCUUGCUACUGUUAAAGGGGAUGCCUCAAAAACAAUGGAGACGUUGAGCCCUGUUCAACACUACCACCAAAGAGCUGAGGCCAGGGUGGACGUUAACGAUCUCGUGAUGGUAGCAAUAAGCAAAACUACAUCAAAACAAAUCAAAUUCUGGGAAAAUCACAGAGUUGAGUUUAAGGUCGUGAGAAAAUCAAAUGCCGCUAUCAUUUUGGACUUGAUUGAUGAUGUCAGCUCCUGGGAUGAAGGUGACCGCUUGUUGCUGACCUCAACUGAUUAUGAUAUGGAAAAAGCUGAGGUGGCCACCAUUGUCAAAUGUACAACUUGCACCAGUACGCAAGUUAAGGUGUCGUUCCUUCCACAAUUCAUGCACUACGGUGAAGUUGAAUAUAACGUUGAUAUGAGAGGCGAAGUGGCCCUACUGUCUCGAAAUAUCGUUAUAGAAGGCGUUAUGAACGCAUUUUGCCCUUCUGUAAACGGUAACUGCAACGACUACGCCUACGAUACAUUUGGUGGUCACGUAAAGGCCGUUAUAGGAUUUAAGGACGUACAUAUUGAAGGAGCAGAAUUUUACCACCUAGGCAAACAGACAGACCUAGGUCACUAUCCCAUUCAUUUUCACAUGUGUGAGGACGUGGAUGGUUCACACUAUCCCAAUCCUCCCUACUUGCGGGAAAACUCUAUCCAUCACACCUUCGCGAGAUGUAUAACAAUCCAUGGAACACACGGUGUCACGGUUAUGGACAAUGUCGGAUACGAAUCUCUCGGUCAUUGCUUUUUCCUUGAGGAUGGUGGGGAGAAGAGGACCGUGUUUGAUGGCAAUCUCGGGGCCAGCACCAGGACCGGCAAGCUUAUACCUUCUGAUAGCCAAGCAACCACGUUUUGGAUCACGAAUCCCAAUACAGUAGUAAGGAACAAUGUCGCCGCCGGAAGUAAGGCCAAGGGAUAUUGGUUUAUCUACCCAGAUAUCCCACUCGCUGGGUCCGCUACCAAAGGUUUCAUGCAAAGGAAUGAGGCCCGUCAUACAGCCAUUAUGGAGUUCUAUAACAAUGUCGCUCAUUCAAAUAAGAUUGGACUUUUUGUGGAUGACCGACUGGACGAAAAUACUGGCCAAAUCAUUGCAGACAAUUUUUACCAUCCAAGGGAAAAUCCGUUCGAUGAUAAAUCUGCCGACAAACAUGUAAUUAUCGAAAGACUCACUG